AUGCCCCGGACUGCAAGAAACCCCGGGGACCAAUGUUCCAUACAUGAAGAUGUGGCCCUCAGUGCCAGGUCCAGGAGGACCAACACACGAAACCAGAACACCCGAAGGAUGGCAGAGGUGCCCUCAGCGAACACGGAUGAUGCCGUCCUGUUGCCUUUCAGCACCAACACCCCGGGCCUCAGCCUGACCCAGUUCAUGCUGGGAUAUCUGUCCUGGUUCACCUGCCUGGCCUGCUUCCUGAGGACUCAGGCCCAGCAAGUCUUGUUCAACACCUGCAGGUGCAAGAUGCUCUGUCAGAAGCUCAUGGAGAAGACAGGCGUCCUGGUCCUCUGUGCUGUUGGAUUCUGGAUGUGUUCUAUGCACUUACCAUCAAGAGUUGAAGUCUGGCAGGAUGACAGCAUCAAUAGUCCAUUGCAGAGCCUGAGAUUGUACCAGGAGAAGGUACGACAUCACACUGGGGAAAUUCAGGACCUCCGAGGUAGCAUGAACCAGCUUAUCGCCAAACUCCGGGAGAUGGAAGCCAUGUCAGAUGAGCAAAAAAUGGCCCAGAAGAUAAUGAAGAUGAUACAAGGCGAUUACAUUGAAAAACCGGACUUUGCCUUGAAGUCCAUAGGGGCCAGUAUCGACUUUGAUCACACGUCAGCCACCUAUAACCACGAAAAGGCUCGGUCCUACUGGAACUGGAUCCGGCUAUGGAACUACGCACAGCCUCCAGAUGUGAUCCUCGAGCCCAAUGUGACACCCGGCAACUGUUGGGCCUUCGCUGGUGACCGUGGCCAGGUGACCAUCCGACUGGCCCAGAAGGUCUACCUGUCCAAUUUGACACUUCAGCACAUCCCCAAGACCAUCUCGCUGUCCGGCAGCCUGGACACGGCGCCCAAGGACUUCGUUGUCUAUGGCAUGGAGAAUCCCCCCAGUGAGGAGGUAUUCCUGGGGGCGUUCCAGUUUCAGCCAGAAAACACCAUUCACAUAUUCUCACUCCAGAAUGAGCCACCCCGGGCGUUUGGUGCAGUCAAGGUGAAGAUCUCAAGCAACUGGGGAAACCCACGCUUCACCUGCCUGUACCGCGUGCGUGUGCACGGUUCUGUGACCCCACCCGAAGAGCCACACCCACAGCCCCUGCCCUGA